AUGUCUAGAGGCAAGCAACUCGAAGACGACGACAGGUCCAGGAAGGAGCAGCUACAGAAAGAGAAGGCCGAGCUGAACAAGCAAGGUCAGCUUCUGCAAGACCAGCAGCGUCAGGUGCAGUCAGAGCUAAGGACGUUGAGCCAGCGGGAGGCCGAGCUCCAACGAAAGACAAGAGACGUCGAGACAGAGAAGCUGCUUCUCGCGCAGGAUCGCGCGGUGCUGAAGCCUCCCUACUACUGGCAGAGUCAAUCAAGCGGUACGAGCGCGGACAUCAAGGUCGACCUUACAAGCGAAUGGAAGGAUAGGAUACAAGAGCUGAUGACGUCGACGUGUAAGUCGCAGUACCUCGGGCAAGGAAGAAACAACAAGGGCCUCAAGUAUAAAGGAUACGAGGUGGAGCGAGUCUUCCGUAUAGAGCAUGCGGGGCUGUGGUCGGCGUAUGCUCUAGAGCGAAGAUCUAUAGGUCAGCUCAUGUUGCAGCAGGGGAAUCGACACCCUAAGACCAAGGUCAGCACCUGCAGAGACUGGAUGAAGAGCUCGCUGCUACAGGACAAGACGAGCAACGAGGCGUUUCUGUUCCACGGGACAAAGCACGACAUGGCGGAUGCUAUCUUGAAGUCCGGGCUCGACGAGCGGGUCUGCAGUCUGGAAGGCUUGUUCGGAGCUGGGGUCUACCUGGCGGAGAACUCCAGCAAGAGCGACGAGUACUGCACGCCUGACAGCCACGGGAUCUGCCGCAUGCUGCUGGUGCGAGUGGCGCUAGGAACGCCGUUCGAGGCCCUGCAAACGAUGAGGAGAGCUCGACGACCACCAGCCAUGCCGGGCAGCAGCCGGCUGCAUGACUCAGUGAUGGCGGUAACGCGAGACACUCACCCGCAGGCCUGUCUGGACAAGCACAGGGAGUUCAUCGUGUACGACCGGCGGCAGACUUACCCUGAGUUGCUGAUCGAGUUCAGGCGGGUGUGA